UGGGUAGGUCUAAGUGGUGAGGAGUGGCACAGUUGUUGUCGUGCACCUGACACCAUGGACGAUUACUCGAUGUACGGCUUGCUCGUAGGGUUCUCCCUAUGGGGGACCCUCUGGCGUCUCGUCUUUCCAUUGGGCUUCUGGAACACCAUGACGUGUAGAGUAGAGACGAGAGGUGGCACUAGUACCACUCCUUACACCAAGGAGCAGGAGGAGGAGGCUGCGAGGAUCCUGGCCGAGCAGAAGGCCAAGAAAGAGAAGAAAGAGGUUGUGAAGCAGGCCAAGAAGUUGGCCUUGCUACAGGAGCAAGCCACGAAAAGAAAGAAGUUGGAGGAGUUAGAAAGGGUGAAAAAAGAAGAGGAGGAAAAGAUGAAUGCGGUGGAUGAAGAAGAAGAAGAGGAAGAGAAAAAGGUGGAGGAAGAAGUGCCCCUGAUUAGAAGAAGUAUCAGGGACAGAGGCGAGACGAGUGGCACAAAGGAGGAUUCGUGGUUGGAAAAGAAGGUCUCUAAAUGGGUUGCUAAAUUGUCUCUGGGAGAAGAGGAGGAGGUGAUGUUAUACAUCCCUAGGGAAGAACACGAGCCGGUAGUGAAGAAAUCUGAAGUUGAGGAAGAUCCUCUCAAACAGCAGACGAUAGAAGAGGAGAAAAAGUUGGAAUGGAAGCUGCAGCUGACCAGGGAGAGCAAGAAGAGAAUGGAGGCGGCGAGUAAGGCAGCGAAAGAACUGAAGGAGGUGAAACAGUUGAGGGUGCAGAUGGAGGCACAGGCGGAUUUGCAAGGGAAGAUGGAGGUAAUGGCAAGGAAUAUAGAACGCUUAGCACAGGCUCAUGAUGAGCAAUACCUGUUUGGGAGGAGUCAUGAUAUAGCCCUGCGAUCGAUUCGACUGGGGUUUAGAGAGUUUGCACGCGAGAUGAUCAUGCACGUGGGCUCAGAGGUACAAGCGAGAUUAGAGAACACAGAGCGAUUAUGUACUGGCGCCAUAGAGGGCGCCAAGUUGGCUGCACCAAAAGAAGAGGAAGCUCGUCCCUGUAGGGAGCCCGUUAAGGUGAAGUUCCCCGAUUCCUACAGUGGAAAGGAGGAGAACUUCGACAACUGGGAGGCCAAUGUGAACUCCUACGUGCAUUUGCAAAAGAUAUCUCCUGACGAACAUGUCCUAAUAGCUUUCCAUGCCCUCAAAGACGAAGCAGCAAGCUUCGCCAGGUCGUUGUCUCGUGCUGCUAAUUGCAAUAACGAUAUGGUUGCUUAUUCCGCCUUCACCCCUCUCAGUGAGUUCUUCAAACUGUUGCGCGAAAGGUUCGCAGAUGUCACAUGAAGCGUUAGAGCUUCAGACAA